AUAUAUUGAUGCAGCCAAUGCUUUGGAGCAAGAAACUAAACUGGGGUUACGACGCUUUGAAGUUUGUGACAACAUUGAUCUUGAAACUAUUUUGAUGGAAUAUGAGAGCUAUUAUUUUGUGAAAUUUCAGAAAUACCCCAAAAUUGUCAAAAAGGCACCAGACACAGCGGAAAAUAAUUUACCACCAAGAAGUGGAGGGAAGACCAGAAGGGUGAUGAGCGACAGUUGUCAAAAUCUUCCCAAGAUCAGUCAGCAGAGGCCACGGUCCAGAACCACAGUGGGGAAGUCAGGGGAUGUCAAAUCCCUCCAUAAGGAGCAUCCUAAACAGGAGGCUGUCACUAAUUCUCACGCGGAGAGUGCUGACUUUGGCUUGAGUGUAUCAGGAAUCAACAAAGGCAGUGGAGAAGAAAACGUCCGCCCACAAAAAGGCCAAAUCAUUGACUUCCGAGGGCUGCUAACAGAUGCCAUCAAAGGAGCAACCAGCGAACUUGGCCUGAACAGCUUUGACUGUAACCCCGACCCCUCAGAACGAUUGUUGAAACCUCUGAGUGCAUUUAUUGGCAUGAAUAGUGAGAUGCGAGAAUUGGCAGCUGUGGUGAGCCGGGACAUUUAUCUCCAUAAUCCAAACAUAAAGUGGAAUGACAUUAUUGGACUCGAUGCAGCCAAGCAGUUAGUCAAAGAAGCUGUUGUGUACCCUAUCAGGUACCCACAGCUGUUUACAGGAAUCCUUUCUCCCUGGAAAGGACUGCUGCUGUAUGGCCCUCCAGGUACAGGAAAGACUUUACUAGCCAAAGCUGUGGCCACGGAAUGCAAAACCACCUUCUUUAACAUUUCUGCAUCUACCAUUGUCAGCAAAUGGAGAGGGGAUUCCGAAAAACUUGUUCGGGUGUUAUUUGAACUUGCCCGCUAUCACGCCCCCUCCACCAUCUUCCUGGACGAGCUGGAGUCAGUGAUGAGUCAGAGAGGCACAGCUCCUGGGGGAGAGCAUGAAGGAAGCCUUCGAAUGAAGACAGAGUUACUGGUGCAAAUGGAUGGGCUGGCUCGCUCAGAAGAUCUCGUGUUUGUCUUAGCAGCCUCUAACCUGCCAUGGGAGCUGGACUGUGCCAUGUUACGUCGUCUGGAGAAAAGGAUUCUGGUUGGUCUCCCCAGCCGGGAGGCCAGGCAAGCCAUGAUCCGCCACUGGCUGCCCCCUGUGAGCAAAAGCAGAGCUCUGGAGCUGCGCACGCAGCUGGAGUACAGCAUGCUGAGCCAGGAGACUGAAGGCUACUCAGGCUCAGACAUUAAGCUCGUCUGCAGGGAAGCAGCCAUGCGGCCUAUGAGGAAGAUCUUCAGUGCCCUUGAAAAUCACCAGUCAGAGAGCAGCAACUUACCUGGAAUCCAGCUGGAUACAGUGACCACUGCCGACUUCUUAGAUGUGCUAGCUCACACCAAGCCUUCAGCAAAGAAUCUGACUCAGAGAUACUCAGCCUGGCAAAGUGAGUUCGAGUCUGUAUGA